AUGCGCACGCGAUGUUGGAGCUUGCAAAUGUUCCACCCCCGUCGCGCGUGGAUCAUGCUGGUCUACGCCAUCCUGUUGUCGCUAUGGCUGACGCUAGCGCAUGGGAUGCGAGACUACCAGGUCAAAGAGCUUAGACAAGAGACCGAGCGCAUGUUCUACCAUGGCUAUGAAAAUUACCUCGAACAUGCCUUUCCCGAUGACGAACUACGUCCGUUGACCUGUGGCCCCUUGACGCGUGAUAAUAAGAAUUCGGAGCAUAACGAUGUCCUCGGCAAUUACUCCUUGACAUUGAUCGAUAGUCUGUCGACCCUGGCUAUUCUCUCGUCCAGUCCGGAGAGUGGCGAUCGGGCGCUUGGAAGUUUCCAAGAUGGUGUGAAGGAAUUUGUUAGACUAUAUGGAGAUGGCUCGAAUGGCCCUGCUGGUCAGGGCGAGCGGGCAAGGGGAUUUGAUAUUGAUAGUAAGGUGCAGGUGUUUGAGACUGUGAUUCGAGGGUUGGGCGGACUGCUCAGCUCGCACCUUUUCGCCGUGGGCGAGUUGCCCAUAACCGGAUACAACCCACCCGAAGCAGAGGUCGCCUAUGCGAGCGCAUGGGACAAGAGCGAUUUCUCGGAAGACGAUCAUGGCAUUGUAUGGAAUAAUGGCUUUGUCUAUGAUGGUCAAUUCCUUCGAUUAGCGGUCGACCUUACACACCGUCUCCUACCGGCAUUCUACACGGGUACAGGACUCCCUUACCCACGGGUCAACUUGCGCCACGGUAUUCCAUUCUAUGAGAAUUCGCCGUUGAACAGCAAAUCCAGCAAAGGAAAUGAGCAAAAGUCAAAGUAUGCCUACAUGAAGGCAGAGGAGGAGAUCACCGAGACUUGCAGUGCAGGUGCUGGUAGUUUGGUUCUUGAAUUUACCGUCCUGAGCAGACUCACCGGUGAUGGUCGGUAUGAGGAAUUGGCCAAACGCGCUUUCUGGGCGGUUUGGUCUUACCGCAGCGAGAUCGGGCUGAUUGGAUUUGGGAUUGACGCGGAGUCUGGGAAGUGGGUGGGACCGUACUCGGGGAUUGGCGCUGGAAUUGACAGCUUCUACGAGUAUGCUUUCAAGUCCCACGUUCUUCUGUCUGAAGGAGAGCGGCCACCUUUCGACCCAAACAAUCCUUGGAGCGUCUUGGAUGACUAUUACCUACCUUUAACCCCGGAUCAGCACUCUCCUGAUGCUUUUCUUCAGGUCUGGGAAGACUCGCACGCGUCGAUCAAUCGCCACCUUUACCGCGGCGAGGGAUACCAACAUCCCCAUCUCAUCGUUGGCGAUGUGAUCACCGGUGCUACGCGAGCCUUUUGGAUAGAUAGCCUAAGCGCAUAUUAUCCAGGUCUGUUAGCUUUGGACGGCAAGAUUGAUGAAGCAAUCCAAAUCCACCUUUUGACCACUGCGGUUUGGACACGCUUCUCGGGUCUUCCGGAACGGUGGAAUGUGGCUACGGGUGACAUCGACGGCGGCCUGUCCUGGUACGGAGGCCGCCCAGAAUUCAUCGAAUCCACUUACUACAUCUACCGAGCUACUCAAGAUCCAUGGUAUCUCCAUGUUGGCGAGAUGGUACUUCGCGAUCUGAAGCGGCGAUGCUGGACCAAGUGUGGCUGGGCGGGUCUGCGGGAUGUCAAGACCGGCGAGAUGAUUGACCGGAUGGAAAGCUUCUUCCUUGGAGAGACUGCCAAGUACAUGUUCUUGCUCUUCUCCCCGGAUCACCCACUGAACAAAAUUGACGCGCCAUGGGUUUUCACUACCGAAGGCCAUCCUUUGGUUAUUCCGAAGAAAACAUCUUCAUCCAAUUCCAAUCGCCGUCCCAGUCAUCGGCCCAGCCACGAGCAGCAACUGGCAUCCCAAACAUCUCUUACCAAUACCUGUCAAGCGCUGCCGAUCUCGUCGACACUCGGAGUAUCAGUCACAGCCUCACGAUCUGAUAUUUUCCAUGCUGCCAGCUUGGCCCGGCUUCAUCUUCGACCUCAUCGUGGUACCGAAGGUGCUAUUCUGGCAGACUCGUUAGAUCACCCCAGCGUAUCAGUCUCCGAUUUGUCCUCGCCAACCAACUACACGUUCUACCCAUGGACUUUGCCACCCCAACUGGUCCCCUUCAACGGCACCAGCGCGCCCAUGGCUAUCCGUCCAACCCUGGAUAUCUCCUUCCCUUCUCUUCCCGGCAGCGUCAACCUCGGCUCCGGCGCUCUCGAGCGCGUGCGCGACGGCAUCUUCAUCAAGACCAUCGGCGGCCUCCGGCUAAGCAUGAUACAGGACGUCCCGCUCAUUGGACAAACCUCCGGCACGGGCACCCCAGAAGACGAAGACGGGUAUCGCGUGCAAGUGAUCAACAACGUGCCGCUGGGCAAGGAUGAGAAGGUAUAUCUCUCUCGCCAGAUCACCUUUGACGUCGUUGAUCCGUACGAUCCGAAUUUCACCCGGGUCCGCGACUCCGCAGUGCUAGACCUCGUCAUUGACGUUCUCGCAGACCCCUCUCGCCGACGCAAUGGCUCAACUGCUCCGCGAGCUGGCCACCCUGCAGCAGAACAUUCAACACAGGACGAAAGUCCCCGACGUCGAGCUGCCCCGGGUCCCAACGAGAGCGGAGCCGUCCACGCCCCCGACUCCACUAUGAAGAGCAUGCUGUCGAACCUGCUUAGCUCCGUCUCCGCGUUGAUCAGGGAUGACCCGAACGAGGCAGCUCCGCUGAGACUCAGUCUGCCCGCAACUAUUCCAACAGGCGUCGGGGCCGCACCCCUCCCAGAUGUCGAGGACGCCUCCACCAUGUCACUCUUCGGCAACCCAUCCACCAGCCGCCUAUCCUGUCCUCGUCAUCAAACGCGGCGGCUGCACCUUUUCCCAAAAAUGCGCAACAUCGCCGCAUUCCGGCCGGGCCGAUCAUCCCUAAAACUCGUCAUCAUUGUUUCCUACGACGAGGAACCUUCCAGCGCCGAUACCCAACCAGACCAGAGCCACGAUAAAUAUUCAUCCUCGACCUCGGACGCAGACUCGGAUCCAAUUUCAGUACCCCCCCUCGCCGCCCUCCGCGCUGAAAGCUCCCUAAUCCGCCCACACCUCGACGAAGCACAAAUGACAGCCAGCGGGAUCCCGCGCAAUAACCCCCUCAGCAUGGUUAUGGUAGGCGGCGGCGAGGAAACAUAUGCAUUGCUACAGGUUGCAUCGGGAGUGGGGAUUAAGAGGCGGUUUACUAUGCGUUCUCGUGGGGUGCCUAUUACGAAUCUGUAUAUCAUUUGA